GAAUCUACUGUAAUCUACAGGCACGCUGAGUACAGAAGAAUCCUCUGCAAACAUGAAAGUCCCCGCGCCAUUUUGCUGGACCAAAGAUUUCGCCACUGCGUAUGAGAACAUUGACAGUGAGCACAGGACGCUCUUCAAUGGCCUGUUUGCUCUCUCCGAGUUUAACACCGCCGCCCAGUUGAAUGCUUGCAUUGAGGUCUUCUCACUUCAUUUCCACGAUGAACAGGGUCAAAUGAAGAGAGCCAACUUUGCAGGAACUCAGGAGCAUACUGACAUCCAUAAUGGUUUUAUGGACCAGAUGAGGGGAUGGAAUUCUCCAGUCACCCAGAAGCAACUGAAGGAUGGCAUGGCGUGGCUCUGCAACCACAUCCCCACUGAAGAUUUCAAAUACAAGGGCAAGUUGUAAACUGGAAAUGACUGA